AUUAGCAAGGCACUCUUUGCAGAAUACGUAGCAUGUCAGAAGAAAAAUAAGCCAUUCAGUGGUUUGGGAUUAGAACACAUGAACAAACCUUUUCCUAUUAUCCCAUCCCAGUUAACUAGUUCCACCAUUAGGAGCAGUGAAUUUCAGAUUGAUCUGUUCCACCUAAGAGAGCGAGACCUAUUGAGACGUUUUGCUGAAGAGGUUUUAGAACGUCAAUCUCUUGGAGAAAGCAAAGAGUCUACCUUCAUUUUAAGUUAUCAGCUCGCACAAGACUUGGGCAGAGCUUUCUCAGAACGAGCAAUAUUAAAAACGUUCAUGGAGGCAGAGUCAACUUUACCAGCUGGUUCAUUGAAGGAUGUCUUGGGACUGUUGAGAUCGAUGUAUGCUGUGAUAUGUGUGGAUGAAGAUGCUUCCUUUCUUCGAUAUGGAUACUUGUCAACAGAGAAUGCUUCUGCAGUGAGGAAAGAAGUGCCAAAACUCUGUGCUGAACUUCGCCCGCAUGCACUUGCCUUGGUCAGUUCCUUUGGUAUUCCCGAUGCUUUCUUGAGCCCAAUCGCGUAUAAUUGGAUCGAUUCAAAUUCUUGGUCUUCUUCUCAACUUUAGCUUAUGCAGUUUUUUACACACGAUCGGGUUAUGGGGUGGUGGUAAGCAUGUAUGAAUAAUAUUUUUGUUACACUAUGUAGAAUAUUACUAAACAGUGCAAAAAAAUUUGCACGAAUCUAAUCACGAAAGGUCGUGGUUACAUAGUACUGGGUAAAUAAUCAGUUAAAGAACAAAAUAAAAGUUGGGAGUUAGAUGAAAAUCAAGGCUUGGUCAUUCGUAUUGAUUUUCAUAAAUAAAUUUCUGUACCAUGUAAUAGUUUCCUUGCAUGUAAGUGCCUUUAAGUUUUUGUUAUUAAAAUACCUUUAAAUGCUUGAAUUCUUUUA